UUUUAUUUACAGAUAUUCCCCUAACAAGCCCAGGUUAAUCAUCAUCAUCAUGGCUACCAAGCGGACGGAGCAGAGUUAUUUCAUCGAUUUGAAGAGAUCCAUCAUCAGCAUUCAGAAGGACGUGGCAUUUCUGAAGAAAUGUCAAAAGGAGAAACUAACACCCGUUAGUCAUAGGAUUAAGGUCAAGAAGCACAUCCCACCCAGCGUCACCAGGAAGGCCGAAGCAGAGUACAUCGCAGACACCAUCAAACGCCACUACGCCAAGUUGGACAAGCUGACACUUAAGUGCUAUUCCCUGCAUUUAAAGUUGGCCAACGAAUAUCCGGAAGGUUUCCCAUUGUUCCUCACCAAGAUAUUCCCCUAACAAGCCCAGGUUAAUCAUCAUCAA